GUUUGCAACAGUUACAUCGAGCAGUCACCUGCAAUAACCAUCGUUUAAUUUCACAUAAAAAAAGAUGAAUUCUACCAUCAGAAACCCGGUUUUACUGACCUCCCCUCCAAUUCCGGGGGGUAUGUUCCCUGGUCGCAUGGUGAGAGUGAAGGGAAGCACUCCUCUUGAAGCCACGAAGUUCGGCCUAAACUUCCAACAUCAUUAUAAAAAUGCAUAUGAUAUGAUCGCGUUCCAUUUCAACCCUCGCUUCACGAGCAACACCGCCGUGCGAAACCAUUACAUCGCUGGUGCGUGGGGUGUAGAAGAGGAGGACGGAGCGCUACCACUCACACCUGGAACACCAUUUGAUAUCCUUUUCAUCUGUCAUUACGAUCGUUUUAAGGUGAUGAUAAACGGAGCACAUUUCUGCGACUUCUUCCACCGCGUCCCGUUCCAUAGGAUCUCUAAUAUAAACGCGUGGGGGGAUGUCAGCAUAGAGUCCAUUGAGUUCGGGGGAACCCCACCACCGGUGGAUUACCUUUCUGGGCAAGCAAACGAUGACCAAGUCUGCGGUCCGUACUAGACAAAGAGAGAAUAUGAUACCGGAAAACUAAUUCACUUUCAUUUUUUGUUUUAU